GUGGGUAGGAGACGGCCGUCGACGGAGGCGCCAUUUUGUGAGGCGGCCGUACCCUGUUGGAAUCCCUUGGCAGAAAACCGCUACUGCUGCUACUUCCGUCCUUCCUGGAGGAAAAACAAAAUUUGAACCUUUUGGAGCAGUGUGCUAGAUCUUCAGCAGGACAAUGGGUUCAGACAAACGAGUGAGUAGAACAGAACGCAGUGGAAGAUACGGAUCCAUCAUAGACAGGGAUGAUCGUGAUGAGCGUGAAUCCAGAAGCAGGAGGAGGGACUCAGAUUACAAAAGAUCUAGUGAUGAUCGGAGGGGUGAUAGAUAUGAUGACUACCGAGACUAUGACAGUCCAGAGAGAGAACGUGAAAGAAGGAACAGUGACCGAUCCGAAGAUGGCUACCAUUCAGAUGGUGACUAUGGCGAGCAUGACUAUAGGCAUGACAUCAGUGAUGAGAGGGAGAGCAAGACCAUCAUGCUUCGCGGCCUUCCCAUCACCAUCACGGAGAGCGAUAUUCGAGAAAUGAUGGAAUCCUUUGAAGGCCCUCAGCCUGCGGACGUGAGGCUGAUGAAGAGGAAAACAGGUGUAAGCCGUGGUUUCGCCUUCGUGGAGUUUUAUCACUUGCAAGAUGCUACCAGCUGGAUGGAAGCCAAUCAGAAAAAGCUGGUGAUUCAAGGAAAGCAUAUUGCAAUGCAUUAUAGCAAUCCCAGACCUAAGUUUGAAGAUUGGCUUUGUAACAAGUGCUGCCUUAACAAUUUCAGGAAAAGACUAAAAUGCUUCCGAUGUGGAGCAGACAAGUUUGACUCUGAACAGGAAGUGCCCCCUGGAACCACAGAAUCAGUUCAGUCUGUAGAUUACUACUGCGAUACAAUCAUACUUCGAAACAUAGCUCCACACACUGUGGUGGAUUCCAUCAUGACAGCACUGUCUCCCUACGCGUCCUUAGCUGUCAAUAACAUUCGCCUCAUAAAAGACAAACAGACCCAGCAGAACAGAGGCUUCGCAUUUGUGCAGCUGUCUUCUGCAAUGGAUGCUUCUCAGCUGCUUCAGAUACUACAGAGUCUCCAUCCUCCUUUGAAAAUUGAUGGCAAAACUAUUGGGGUUGAUUUUGCAAAAAGUGCCAGAAAAGACUUGGUCCUCCCAGAUGGUAACCGGGUCAGUGCUUUCUCCGUGGCUAGUACAGCCAUUGCUGCCGCUCAGUGGUCUUCCACCCAGUCUCAGAGUGGCGAAGGAGGCAAUGUUGACUACAGUUACCUACAGCCAGGCCAAGAUGGCUACACCCAGUAUGCUCAGUACUCACAGGAUUACCAACAGUUUUAUCAGCAACAGGCUGGAGGAUUGGAAUCGGAUGCAUCAUCUGCAUCAGGCACAGCAGUGACCACCACCUCAGCGGCUGUAGUAUCUCAGAGUCCCCAGCUAUAUAAUCAGACCUCCAAUCCACCCGGCUCUCCGACUGAGGAAGCACAGCCUAGCACUAGCACAAGUACACAGGCCCCAGCCGCUUCCCCCACUGGUGUAGUUCCUGGUACCAAAUAUGCAGUGCCUGACACGUCCACUUACCAGUAUGAUGAAUCUUCAGGAUAUUACUAUGAUCCGACAACAGGGCUGUACUAUGACCCCAACUCGCAGUACUACUACAAUUCCUUAACCCAGCAGUACCUGUACUGGGAUGGAGAGAAGGAGACUUACGUGCUGGCUGCAGAGUCUAACUCCCACCAGCAGACGGGCCUACCUCCUGUAAAAGAGGGGAAGGAAAAGAAGGAGAAACCCAAGAGCAAAACAGCACAGCAGAUUGCCAAAGACAUGGAACGCUGGGCUAAGAGUUUAAACAAGCAGAAAGAAAAUUUUAAAAACAGCUUUCAACCUGUCAAUUCUUUGAGGGAAGAAGAAAGGAGAGAAUCUGCUGCAGCAGAUGCUGGCUUUGCUCUCUUUGAGAAGAAGGGAGCCUUAGCAGAAAGGCAGCAGCUCAUCCCCGAAUUGGUGCGAAAUGGAGAUGAGGAGAAUCCCCUCAAAAGGGGUCUGGUUGCUGCUUACAGUGGUGACAGUGACAAUGAAGAGGAGCUGGUGGAGAGACUUGAGAGUGAAGAAGAAAAGCUGGCCGACUGGAAGAAGAUGGCCUGCCUGCUCUGCCGGCGCCAGUUCCCAAACAGAGAUGCCCUGGUCAGGCACCAGCAGCUCUCAGACCUACACAAGCAAAAUAUGGACAUCUACCGACGAUCCAGGCUGAGCGAGCAGGAGCUGGAAGCCUUGGAGCUGAGGGAGAGAGAGAUGAAAUACCGGGAUCGAGCUGCAGAAAGACGGGAGAAGUACGGCAUUCCAGAACCUCCAGAACCUAAGCGCAAGAAGCAGUUUGAUGCUGGCACUGUGAAUUACGAGCAGCCCACCAAAGAUGGCAUUGACCACAGUAACAUUGGCAACAAGAUGCUGCAGGCCAUGGGUUGGCGGGAAGGCUCAGGUUUGGGAAGAAAGUGUCAAGGCAUCACAGCCCCCAUUGAGGCUCAAGUCCGGCUAAAAGGAGCUGGCCUAGGAGCCAAAGGCAGCGCAUACGGACUGUCUGGUGCAGAUUCCUACAAAGAUGCUGUCCGGAAGGCCAUGUUUGCCCGGUUCACUGAGAUGGAGUGAGACUCAGAGAGAGGAUGAGAGAGAGAAAGAGAGAGAGAGAGAGAGGGAGAGAGAGGGAGGGAGGGAGAGAGGGAUGACAAGGAGCUCCAGAGAGCACAAGGAGUGCUCCAUCUCUUGAAUUCACUCUGACCACCUUUCUCGUUAAGGGCAUGCCUUGUGCUGUUAAUAGUUUUUAGGGCAAACCACUUCAUUCUGCAAGGUUCUCCCACUUAAAGGAGUUCCCCUAGUAUGGGUUAUCUGGUGAAUGGCCUGCCUUCCUGCCAGAGGGCUUGUGAGCUGGCCAAGGGGACAGUGGGUCUUUUAUACUUAAGUGUACAUAGUGUAAUUGUAGUGUGUUUUACAUGUGUAGCCUAUGUUGUGGUCCAUCAGCCCCUUACAUUCCUAGGGGGUAUUGAGAUGCCCUAGGGUGGUAUGUAACACCAAAGCCGCCUGUCAUUUGUUGUGCUGUCUUUUCUCGGCAAAAGCCUUGUGUAUAUUUGUAUAUUACACAUUUGUACAGAAUUUUGGAAGAUUUUCAGUCUAGUUGCCAAAUUGGGCUCCUUUACAAAAGAAAUACCUU